GUUUUGUCUUCGAAGAAGUGUAGUUUUUGCUGGUUUUUAUUGAAAAAACAUUCUCUAUUUUAUACAAAUCUUCUUUAUUUUUACAAAAUGUAGUGCAAGGGUAAGUCUUUUAUAUUUGUUGAAAGAAAUGGCUGCAGAAUUAGAGGAGUCAGAGGCUGGCGAAGAGACAAAUGAAGUGGAAAAGACACGUGAAGAUGAGGAUGGAGACGACUACUCGACAGAGAAACGUGGAAAGCACUCCAAAAAACAUAAACACAAACACUCCAAAAAGCACAAGCACAAACAUAAAAAACGAAAGCAUAAAAAGAGAUCACCCUCUCGUUCAAGAUCUAAAUCUUCAAGCCGUUCGCGCUCAAGAUCUCCGGAUUCAAAUGAUGAGCUUGAAGAGGAAACAGCUAAAUCUGAUGUAGCUGAUGAAGCUGACAUGAAAGUUGUUUCAAGCGAAGAGAAUGGAAUAGUGAAGUUAGAAUCUCAAAAUAAAACCAUGAGUUUAGGCGAAGAAACUAAAGAUUCAACAUUUGAAGAAUUUGCACUGGCAGAAGUUGAGAAUCUUUCUUUCAAGUUAACAAAAUCUCCUCCUUCGAGCGUUACAUGUAGUCCAUCGUCAACCCCUGUCAAUGAAGCUGAGGUAGCCAAGGCAGUAACUAAGAUUCCUGAUGUUUCAAAAAUAGAGAAUAAGGUCAAUUUAGGAUUUCCUAUGAAAAUAGGCUCAUUUCCAAAGAGCAGAUCAAAGUCACCUGAUGUCUCUGAGGAAAUGCUUGAAGGUAAGAGAUCAAGAUCACCAUCUGAUCCUGAAAUCAAAAGGAGAUCAAAAUCACCAUUGGAUCCUGAGACCCUAAACAUAUCACAAUCUCCCUCUGAUCCCAAGAAAUCAAAAUCACCUCAAUCUAAGAUCAAGAAGGUAUCGCGGUCACAUUCAAGAUCUAGAUCAAGAUCCAGAACAAAAACACAAUCAAGAAAGAGUUCAUCCAAAUCUCCAAGAAGGCAUUCAAAAAAGAAAUCCAGAUCUAGUUGGUCAUCAAGGUCAAGAUCCAGGUCGAGAUCCAGGUCAAAAUCAGGCUCAAGAUCACGUAACAAGCAUAGACAUUCAACUAAAUCAAAGUCUAGAAGCAGAAGCCCUCAAAGACACAAACCAAGAGGCAGGUCUCGAUCUAGGUCUCCUUCUCUUUCUAGAAAGAAAUCAAGGAAAAGAGAGAGGUCUCUAGGUAGGUCUAGAAAAAGCCGUAGUAGAUCACCUAGAAAGAAAUCAAGGCGAUCUCAUGACAGUAAAACUAGAGACAGAAGUAGAAGUCCAACUUACAGAGAUGGUAGAAGCAAAAGAGAGACUUUCUACGACAGGAAACAAGAUUAUUCUAGUAGAUCUAGAAGGUCUCGAUCACAUGAAAACAGAUAUUCAAGACGAUCCAGAUCAGUAACUCCACCAAAGUCACACAGACGUAGAAGUCAUUCGAGGUCAACCAGAAGAAGACGUUCUAGAUCUCCCAGAAGGGGACGUUCUAGAUCUCCAAGAAAGGAAAGGCAUAGAUACCGAAGUAGGUCCAGAUCCUUAUCAUCUCGUAGAAGGAGGAGUAGAAGCCGCUCAAGAUCAAAAGAUGGACAUCGUAGAAGAUCAAGAUCAAAAUCUAAGGAAAAGAUUGAUAUUGAAGAGAAGAAAGGAGGAGAAAAGAGCUCGAGUGAAGCACCUGCUGUGAUCACUAACCUGAAUACCAAUAAGCCAACAGCUCAAGAUUUAGUUGGAAAAGCACCAACGGUUUCUGAUCCCUCAAAUAAAAGAUCAUUAGCUCAACUCACUGAGUUUUGCAAGAAGUUGACAGAAGCUAGAGGUAUUGAAAUUGAAGGAAAUGCAACAGAAAAACCAACGGAGGAAGAAGAGGAUGACGUAUCAGUUGAAAUAUCCCAUCCAUUUCUUGUCGCACCAAAGAAAGAUAUAACCAUUCCCCCAGUUAUUUUACCUCCAAUGAGACCAUUAGCCUUUCCUUUGGUGAGCUCGGACAAACCUCUAACAGAGCAGUUUCCAGUGUCUUGUGGAACAAAGCAUCAUGAGAAAGAGCAGGAAGAAGUCAGUGUGGGUGAAGUAAUCCCUUAUGUAGAUGGGUCAGCACACCAGCCACAGCAAGUAUUCAUGCCACCACAGAACCAAGAGAAACUGGACAUCAGCGGACUGGUAGUGAAAAGGAUGGAGGCUCAGCGUCGACUCCAGGCUGAUCCUAAUGAUUUAGACGCAAUGUUAUCCCUACAAGAAGUGGAAAUGAAACUAAACAGCUGGUGCCAGUCCAACGUCAAACCUGGACAGUUUACUGGACAACUGGCCAAGAACAUGAUGCCAAAAGAAAAGAUGAAUACUGGAUAUCAGGCCUGGGCAAGAAAGGAUAUGUUCCAUAACUUGAACCCAAUAUCAGGUGGUGUUGGCAUGAAACUGCUGCAGAAGAUGGGCUGGGAGCCAGGACAAGUACUGGGGAAGAGAGGACAAGGGAUGGUAGAACCCAUUGCCCUUACUGUCAAGGUUGACAGGAAAGGCCUGAGCUCUAAUACUGAAAAACCUGUUGGCAAAAAAGGUGGUGGAAGCAAACAGAUUAUUGAUUUACAAGGGAAACACCCUAUAUCAUCUCUUCAGGAGUACUGUGCAAGAAGAAAGUGGCAAGUCCCAGAGUUUACUCUGAUAUUCGAUGAAGGGCCACCCCAUUCUAAGCAGUUUCUGUUUAAGGUUGCAGUGAAUGGUUAUGAAUAUCAACACCCUGUUGUCAGUAGCAACAAGAAGCAUGCCAAGGCACAAGCUGCUGUGGCUGCACUGAAAGGUCUUGGGCUUGUUCCAGUAGAUGCUGAUUAUUAGAGAGAAGGUUAGGGGUUCUAUUAUGAUGUACUGUGCUUUAGGCCGUGUUACAUGUUGAACUUUUGGCUGAAACUCGUUUGUAACAGCCUCGCCAGACUAGUGUCACUGGCUGGGUUGUUACACGGUAUAACCCUAUUUCAUAAUGACGUCACGGUUUGUUUACAUCGGCUAAAAUGAUAGAAAUUUAGGCUAAAUUUAAGCUUAAUUCUCUUCUUUCGAGACAUUUAGCGUAAUAUUUAGCUCUUGCCUUCACCAGCUCAUAAACCAAAUUUCAUCGUGAUUUAAAAUGUGUUGUUGUCAUUCCAUCCCCCUCCAGCGACCAUGAUCCCUAGCGUUAAAACUAUAGUUUGUUUUGAUGUGACGUCAUUAUGAAAUACGACAAAUUAGAUUUUGUGAAAAUUUCGUCGCAAGAAUGUUUCGUGAAAAUUAGAACUUCUUUUUACUUGUGCAACUGAAAAUUGUGUCAUGAACAAAUUACAGGACUAAAUUGCGUCCUUCAAAAACACUCCCGUGAAACUGUCUCGUCAUUCAUUGCACACAAGUUUGGGCUAAAAGUUUCAACAGGGCAUUUUGAUUGUUAAUGCAGUAAUUUGCUACUGCUGUGUUGUGCUGUGAGCACUAUGGUGUGCUUAGAUGUGGUUUGUGCUAUUGUCUGCUAUGAUUUGGUUUGAUGUGCCUUUCUCUACUAUGCUAUAUGUUUUGUUGUGCUGCCCUAUUAUAUGUUGUGCAAUAUUAUGCAAAGCUGUGAUACUCUAUGCUAUGCUGUGCUGUGCUGUGCUGUGCUGUGCUGUGCUGUGCUGUGCUGUGCUGUGCUAUUCCUA